UUUGCAGAGGCAACGUGUAAAGGCCGGAACGGAAAUUGAGCCGGCAACCAGUUGACUUUUUACUUUUUUCACACAUUUUUCUUCUCAGCUAUCUUUGUGUUGAGAAAAUUCACAAAUGUGGCUUCUUCUAUCAAUUUUCCUAUGUGCUCCAUUCUUUCUAAACGGGUCGGAAAUUAAAAAACCACUAUGCGAAGUGAUUCAAGUGGACUCGAAAAACAACAGUGAUAUGUUACUACCGUUAGCAAUUAUCACUGAUAUGGAUAGUAAAACCAAACAGAAAGAUAGCUGGUACAGUACUCUCAGAUACGGGGCUCUGGCCUUUUCACAGAAUCGAACUGCUUCUUUCAUUCACUGGCUAGGUGGAGUUAACAUCACAUCGAAUUUUAACUUUAACCAAAAAUCAAUGGAAAUGAGUGAUUUGAAAAUUUUCAACAACAGAUUAUUAUCAGUGGAUGAUAAAAUCGGAGUUGUCUACUGGCUGAGAAACGGCACCGCAAUUCCAUGGGUAAUCUCGUCAACGGGAAAUGGAUCUUCAAGUAGUCCUUUCAAAGGAGAGUGGAUGACAAUUAGAAACAAUAAAUUGUACCUUGGAAGCAGCGGACACGAGCUUCGGACAUUCACGGGAGAAUACCUUAACGACGAUGAAAUGUACAUUAGGGUAAUAUCUGGAAAUGGUGGUAUGAGAGUUGAAGAUUGGAUUUCGAGAUUCGUAAAACUCCGUAGAGCAGUUGGUAUAAGUUUUCCGGGGUACAUGAUCCAUGAAGCUGUACACUGGUCAGAUGUUCACAAGAAAUGGUUCUUCCUUCCGAGGUAUGCCUCAAAAGAGCCUUACAAUGCGGCAACAGCAUAUGAAACAGGAGUAAACAUGUUACUGAGUACAUCCGACUGUUUCUGUGAUACAAAGGUAGUCUACAUUGGGAAACACAAACCACAACGAGGAUUCAGCGCCUUUCAAUUUAUACCGGGGACUAACGAUGAAAUUAUCGUCGCGUUGAAAACAUCCGAAGUACCAGCAGAUCCAACGAAACCAUUUGUAAACAAAAUUUUCUCCACGUGGAUUACAAUUUUCAAGAUUGAUGGAACUGUUAUUCUAGAGGAUCAAGCAUUAGAAGACGGGGUUAAGUAUGAAGGAAUUGAGUUUGCGAAUGUUUUUCAGUGUUUGUAACAUAAUGCCAUACAAUGUUGUAUAAAAAACAAAGUUAAUAAAAUUUUAUUAUUUUUCA